GAAUGGUCUCCGUUGGAGGCCAGUGAUGCGCUUGAGCUUCUGUCACCAGUGUUCCAGAAUAUUGAGCUACGCCGAUAUGCCGUUUCUCGUCUAUCUCAUGCGAAACCAGAACAAAUUUUGCUGUAUCUGCCACAGCUUGUACAAGCGCUAAAGUAUGAACGAUUCGCACAAAAUGUUUUAAAAGAAGUUAAGGAACAGGAAGAAUUCCAAAAACGGAAAGAAGAUGCAAAGGAGGGAUCGAUAAAGGCGGCAAGUGAAAAGACAACAACUGGAAGCGAUUAUGAUGCGCAAAGUCAGCAAAUUCUCGAGCAAGCAAUUCAGAAAUGUUUAACAGGCGAUGAUCUGGCUUCAUUUCUGAUACGAUCCGCAUGUAACGAUGCCACCACCACUUACUAUCUCUAUUGGUAUUUGAAAGUUGAGGUAUGUGGGUGA